AGGUUGCGGCAAUUUCUAGAAAGAUGACACGUAACAGUAGCGGUUACUGGAAGCCAAACACGUGUGGCGUUGUGAAACUUUGUAAACCGCCAUGAACGUAACAAAUCGAUGAUGAUUGUUGUUUGGGUUUCUCUGUUUCUAGUUUCGAACGAUGCAAAGAAGAAUAGUGGAAAAGAGCGGGCAGGUGAUGAGGCUGAGGGUUAGAAAGAAGAGGAAAAGUGGGAGCGGAAGAAAAGCGGCGGUUCUGAAGAAGUUAGCGACAUACCUGCAGUGCGAUACUUUCAUGUACGCUCCCCUCGUAUCAGAUUUUCCCGACCCUGCUCUUCCUCUCUUUCCUUCCCCUGCUAAAGUGGUUGAACUCAAAAAACCUAGAAAAGAGAAGCAGCGUUUUGUAGAUCAACUUGUAGAAUACCUCAAAUCCGAUGUCUAUAUGUAUGCUCCCCUCCUUCGUUCAUCUUCAGGUUCAUCACAGCAGUCACCAACAAAGUUCACAAGCGGAAAUGUGAAUCCUCAAACAGACCUCUCUCAACAGCAUCAUGCUUCGGUGCAAAAUGAAACUAUAAAGCACACUUUGUAUCAAAUGCGUCGCUCCGUUUCUGCCUCAAGAAAUGUAUCUGUCAAGUCGCAGCUGAGAACUCAUAGUUGAUUGAAACUGUUGGACAUAUAAACACCUAUAUCUAUAUUAUAUGGACAGUUCUUUUAGGUGUACAUACAUGUAAUGAAUGUAAUCUAGAAUUUUACUAGUAACCGUUCUUCUUUUUUAUGGAAAAAAGAUAAUGCCAUUGUUUGUAUUGUAACUUCAUUUUAUCAACUUUUCAUGUAAUGUUGGACUUGUUUCAGACUUGGAGUGGAGUUUUAACUUUUAAC